UUUCAGAUGGCGGGCUAACGAAAUUACAGAGGUAUGAAGCUUGUGGUGGAAACAUGCUACGGAAUUGACAUUGUAUCUAAAGACACACAUGACAUAUAACUACAACAGUUUCGCUGAAGAGGAUAGUUAAAGGACAGUCGGGCUUGGAAACAGUAACUCAGAUGCUCGCUAGCACUGCUACUGACAGCAGCCCAACUAGUAACGUAAUUAACGUCAAAACACUCUUGUGAGCCGAGGUUUCCAAGUUCGUCAUGUAUCCAACUGAAAGGAGUCUAGUAUUCAUGGUGCCCUGUGUGGUGGAGAUGGAGGCUUCUGCACAGCAAGACAACAAACAAACACCUGAUUUAAGGCCAAAUCCCCAUGCGCUGCAGAACCUGCUGUGGUAAUGCCCACUGCUUUCCCAGGGAGUGUAGGCUAGAGGGUGUGGAGUCACCAGCUGCUUCUUUCACCUGACAGCGAGGAGCUUCACCAGGAGGGUGCAGCACAUGCAGAGGUUCAAAGAAUCUCCUGCAGAUCGUAAUGCAACUCCACACAGACGUCCUGACCAACCAGUAGGAGUCACCAGUGCGGCUGCAAGGAACGCUGCCAGUUGGGUUUUAUGGAGUUGGAAACACUGGAGCCGCCGGAUUAAAGCUGAUCGCUGCAGUGCAGGGCGAGUGUUUUCACUCUGCAACACUCGGGUGCCAGCCAAUGUUACAUUUAAGCAAUUAUGGGGACUGUUCAUGCGUUCCACGGUGCAGGAGCACAGCGCGUUCAGGUUCGCUGUCCAACUCUACAACACCAACCAAAACACCACUGAAAAGCCUUUCCACCUCAACUACAAUGUCGACAACCUCGAGUCGUCCAACAGCUUUUCAGUCACCCAUGCGUUUUGCUCCCAGUUCUCCCGCGGAGUGUACGCCAUCUUCGGAUUCUACGACAAGAAGUCCAUGAACACCUUGACCUCGUUCUGCGGCGCCCUGCACACCUCCUUUGUCACACCCAGUUACCCCACCGAUAAUGAGGUGCAGUUUGUCAUCCAGAUGCGCCCCGCCCUCCGCGGCGCUGUCCUCAGCCUGCUCUCUCACUACAAGUGGCAGAAGUUUGUCUACCUCUACGACACCGACAGAGGUUUCUCUAUACUGCAGGCCAUCAUGGAGGCAGCAGUAGCUAACAACUGGCAGGUGACCGCUCGCUCUGUUAGCGGCACAACAGACGCAUCAGAGUUCAAGCGCAUCAUUGAGGAGAUGGACAGGAGGCAGGAGAAACGCUUUGUGAUUGACUGUGAGGUGGGCAGGAUCAACACCAUAUUGGAACAGGUUGUGACCCUGGGGAAGAACAGCCGUGGUUACCACUACAUUCUUGCCAAUCUUGGAUUUACAAAUGUGAGUUUGGACAAAGUCUUCGCCGGUGGAGCCAACAUUUCUGGGUUUCAGAUCGUCAACCCUGAGAACCCGAUUGUGCAGCAGUUCAUGCAGCGCUGGGAGCGGCUAGAUGAAAGAGAAUUCCCAGAAGCACGAAACACUCCUCUGAAGUACACUUCAGCUCUGACCCAUGAUGCCGUCCUGGUGAUAGCAGAGGCCUUCAGGUACCUGCGGCGCCAACGUGUGGACGUCUCUCGCCGAGGCAGCGCUGGAGACUGCCUAGCCAAUCCCGCUGUACCUUGGAGCCAAGGCAUCGACAUCGAGAGAGCUCUCAAAACGGUCAAAGUGCAUGGUAUGACUGGGAACAUCCAGUUUGACAACUACGGCCGCAGGACCAACUACACCAUCGAUGUUUAUGAGAUGAAAACAGGUGGGCCGAGGAAGAUUGGGUACUGGAACGAGUACGCGCGAUUUGUAAAUAUUAUGGACCCGCAGGUCUCCAACGACUCCUCAGUGGAAAACCGAACGAUUGUGGUCACUACUAUUAUGGAAGCUCCUUAUGUGAUGUACAAGAAAAAUUAUAUGCAUCUGGAUGGGAAUGACAGAUAUGAAGGCUACUGCGUCGAUUUAGCAUCUGAGAUUGCCAAACAUGUUGGAAUUAAGUACAAACUGUCUAUAGUAAUGGAUGGGAAGUACGGAGCCCGAGACCCCGAGACCAAGACGUGGAACGGGAUGGUUGGCGAACUGGUCUAUGGGAGAGCAGAUAUAGCUGUUGCACCUCUUACCAUUACUCUGGUUCGGGAAGAGAUGAUAGACUUUUCCAAGCCCUUUAUGAGCUUGGGCAUCUCCAUUAUGAUAAAGAAGCCUCAAAAGUCCAAGCCUGGCGUUUUCUCCUUCCUGGAUCCGCUGGCCUAUGAGAUCUGGAUGUGUAUAGUGUUUGCCUAUAUUGGGGUGAGCGUGGUCCUGUUCCUGGUCAGUCGGUUCAGUCCUUAUGAGUGGAACCUCGAGGAACAGGACGAGACCAAAGACCCCCAGACGCCCCCCGAUCCUCCCAAUGACUUUGGGAUCUUCAACUCCCUCUGGUUCUCACUGGGCGCCUUCAUGCAGCAGGGCUGUGACAUCUCCCCCAGGUCUCUAUCUGGCCGCAUUGUCGGUGGUGUGUGGUGGUUCUUCACCCUCAUCAUCAUCUCCUCCUACACAGCCAACCUGGCUGCCUUCUUGACAGUGGAGAGGAUGGUCUCUCCUAUAGAAAGUGCUGAAGAUUUAGCCAAGCAGACAGAGAUAGCAUAUGGCACUCUGGACUCAGGCUCCACAAAGGAGUUUUUUAGGCGAUCCAAAAUAGCAGUGUAUGAGAAGAUGUGGUCAUACAUGAAAUCUGCUGAACCCUCAGUGUUUGUUAAGACCACACCCGAUGGCGUAGCCCGGGUACGAAAGUCAAAGGGCAAGUUCGCCUUUCUCCUCGAGUCCACCAUGAACGAGUACAUUGAGCAGCGGAAGCCCUGCGACACCAUGAAAGUUGGUGGGAACCUCGACUCGAAAGGAUACGGUGUGGCGACGCCCAAAGGCUCAGCAUUAAGAACUCCUGUAAACCUUGCAGUAUUGAAACUCAGUGAACAAGGCAUCUUAGACAAGCUGAAAAACAAAUGGUGGUACGAUAAGGGUGAAUGUGGAACCAAGGACUCUGGAAGUAAGGACAAGACAAGUGCUCUCAGCCUAAGCAAUGUGGCUGGUGUCUUCUAUAUUCUGGUUGGAGGGCUGGGGCUGGCCAUGAUGGUGGCUCUGAUAGAGUUCUGUUAUAAAUCACGGCAAGAAACCAAACGGCUGAAAUUGGCCAAGAAUGCCCAGAAUUUUAAGCCGGCUCCCCCGACCAACACCCAGAACUUUGCCACAUACAGAGAAGGCUACAACGUAUACGGAACCGAGAGCGUUAAGAUCUAGAGGUUUAGGAAACAUUUCCAUUGUCCCUUACAACUGUGACUGAACAUCUAUGAAAGGACAGGAUCACGGGGAUUGAGCUCCAAGCCAAAUCCUCUAGGACGGACACGGCACGAUAAUCUGCAAUGACGACACGUCUGGACUGGUCACGGGAAGAGCCGAUGCGGUUCCCUCCUCUCAGUGCCUUAUGGAACUCCGAGUCCAAUCAAUGCAACUCAUUCACAAUGAUAUUGCUUUUUGCUUGAAACUCAUACAAAACAGAAGAAUGGUGCAGUGACUGAAAUAUAUAGAUAUAUAUAUAUAUAUAUAUAUCUCUAUAUGCAUAUAUAUCUAUAUAAGACAUUUGACAUGUUACAAUGAAUGAGAGAACUAAAGCCAUCCUUUGCAACCCUAAGCACACUUUGAAGUGCCAGAAAGAUGACGAAUCUUACAUGACAAGUGUCUAAUUGGUUUCUUGUAAUCAAUAUGAUCAGAUUACUCUUCAUCCUUCUGCUGCCAGUUUUUCACUGGUUAUAUGUGUUCAAAUAAUUUUAUUAGAUCUAUUCAGUGCACUGUAAGACACUGGUUAUUAGACAAUAGCUUUUAUACUGCUGUAAGUCACUUAUAGUGACCUUGUACUUGUUUUAAAAGACAGAUUGAUCUUCUGGAGCGAAAUGCCAUUCAGCGCAAAACAAUUACGAGUGUGUUGUUUGUACUCUAAACUCUGGUGCUGCUGCCACUGUCUUCUGAACGUUUGAUGGGACUCAUGAAGAUGAGAAGAUGAUCUGGUUUGGCUUUUACGCACUACAGAACCAGGUCAUAAUUCGCACUUCCAAUACUGCCAAGAGUGUGUUUUGUAUGACAAAGAGUGUGUAAAGCAAAGUAUUCAUGCUUGAGUAAAAAAAAAAAAGGGAAAGAAGUCAAAUCUGUUUGUGAUCUACAGUUUGUAAAAUAUCAAAGGAGCGCUGACUCGCUAAGGUUCGUCGCUCGACACAGU